CGCAAAUUCUAUAAAUAAACUAUAGUGACUGGGACUGAACUUGCAGUUUGUGUGUGUCAAUGGAGAUAAGAGUAGGUACUAAGCUAAUACUUGCAUUAUGUCUACUGAUCUCCGCCGUGUGUGGCGGUUACUCCCACCGGAGGACGGCGGGAAUGCGGUGGCCGGAACGGAAGGAGGAUUUACUUGUAAAACGACGUAGUUUGCUCAAUAAUGGACUCGGUUCGACUCCUCCUAUGGGGUGGAGUAGUUGGAAUCAUUUUGCCUGCAACAUUGAUGAGAAAGUCAUAAGAGAAACUGCCGAUGCGUUGGUUUCAACUGGUCUUGAUAAGCUCGGAUAUAAGUAUGUUAAUAUAGAUGAUUGCUGGGCUGAACCUCAACGCGAUGAUCAGGGAAAUUUUGCAGCUAAGAACUCGACAUUUCCUUCUGGAAUGAAAGCUCUAGCUGACUAUGUUCAUAGUAAAGGUCUUAAGCUAGGAAUCUACUCGGAUGCAGGGUAUUAUACUUGUAGCAAGAAAAUGCCUGGUUCACUUGGUCACGAGGAACAAGAUGCAACAACUUUUGCAGCAUGGGGUAUUGAUUACUUGAAGUACGAUAAUUGCAACCACGAUGGAACAAAGCCAACUGUCAGAUACCCUGUUAUGACGAGAGCUCUAAUGAAAGUUGGAAGACCUAUCUUCUUUAAUCUUUGUGAAUGGGGUGAUUUGCAUCCGGCAUUGUGGGGUGGUAAAUUAGGUAACAGCUGGAGAACUACGAAUGAUAUUACUGAUACAUGGGACAGCAUGAUUUCUAGAGCAGACCAGAAUGAAGUUUAUACAGAUUAUGCAAGGCCUGGUGGCUGGAAUGAUCCCGACAUGCUUGAGGUUGGAAAUGGAGGGAUGACGAAGGAUGAAUACAUCGUUCACUUUAGUAUCUGGGCGAUUUCAAAGGCUCCCCUUAUCAUUGGUUGUGAUGUGAGAAAUUUAUCACAUGAUACAAUGGAGAUUCUAGCCAACAAGGAGGUGAUCGCGGUAGAUCAAGAUGAGUUAGGUAUCCAGGGCAAAAAGGUUAGAAUGGAAGGUGAUCUUGAGAUCUGGGCAGGACCUCUAUCAGGCUAUAGAGUAGCUUUAGUGCUUCUCAACCGCGGUCCUCAGAGAUACGAAAUAACAGCAAACUGGGAUGAUAUCGGAAUCCCCCCUAACAGUGUUGUAAUAGCAAGAGACCUUUGGGAGCACAAGACAUUGGAGACAAGAUUUGUAGGGAAUUUGACAGCUACAGUGAACUCUCAUGCAUGCAAGAUGUAUGUAUUGAAGCCUAUUGCUUGAAGAUUCAUGUAGAAUAGUCUGCACCAGACUUCUGUGUUUUCCUCUCAACUUGUUAUGUUUUAACUAUAAAAAUGAACUUGUCAUUUGUGUCAAAUGUAUACAAAGAAUUAAACAUCAUUAAUAAGAUGUCAUGUAUGAGUUUUUA